AUGGAAAUUCAUCACCGCAUCUGGCGAGGUUGGUCUUUUUUCAUGUAUCUCUGCAUGUGUGGGGCAAUAUGUGAGUCCUUCCACUAUUCAAUACCUGAGGAGAAGAAAAGUGGGUCCCUGGUAGCAAAUGUGCUAAAGGAUUUGAAAGUGGAUGUCAAGGAGCUGCCUGCUCGUGGGGCCAGGCUGGUUUCUGAAGGCACCAAGCCAUAUUUCCAGCUGGAUGCUCACUCUGGGAAUGUGAUUUUACAGGACAGAAUAGACCGAGAAGCUCUAUGUGGUCAGAAGGACCCUUGCAUCUUACUCUCGGAGAUUGUGCUGGAAAACCCCUUGCGAGUGUACAGAAUUGAGGUUGAAAUAGAGGAUGUGAAUGACAAUCCCCCCCAGUUCUUUAAAAAGGAAUUCCUCUUUGAAAUACCUGAGCAGACUAAAACAAAUGCUCGAUUCCCUUUGGAGAGAGCUCAAGAUUCAGACAGAGGAGAAAAUACUGUUCAGAACUAUACACUUAGCCCAAAUGACCAUUUUAGGUUGGAUGUGCAAAGUCGCAGCGAUGGCAGCAAAUAUGCAGAAUUAGUAUUACAAAAACCAUUAGACCGUGAAGCGAAUGCACGGCUUUUCCUGAUUCUGACAGCUAUCGAUGGAGGGAGCCCAAAGAGAACAGGCACAGCAAACAUUAUCAUUAAUGUUCUGGAUAACAACGAUAAUGCCCCUCAGUUUCAUCAAUCUCUGUACAAAGUAAAACUAAUGGAAAACAGCCCAUUGGACACAGUGGUUACCAAAGUGGAAGCGAAUGACCAGGAUAUUGGUUCUUAUGCACAAGUGGCUUAUUCCUUCAGCCAGGUGCCAGAAAAUGUGCUCAGCUCAUUCAAGUUAAAUGAACAUACUGGGGAACUUACUGUUGCAGGAAUAAUUGAUUAUGAAGAAGAGAGAAAUUAUGAGAUAAGCAUCAAAGCCACGGAUGGAGGGGGGCUCUCUGCUUACUGCAAAGUCAUUGUGGAGGUUGAGGACAGAAACGACAAUGCCCCAGAGGUGACCAUCACAUCCCUCACCAGCCCCCUACCAGAAGAUUCUCCCCUGGAUAUGGUGGUGGCCCUUUUCCGUGUCACAGAUCAAGACUCGGGAGAUAAUGGCAGAGUUGUUUGCAACAUUGAGAUGAACUUGCCCUUCCUGUUAAAAGCCUCCGAGAAUAGCUAUUACCAGCUGGUGACCCAGCAGCCCCUAGACAGAGAAAAAGCCUCUGAGUACAGCAUCACCAUCACAGCCACAGACCAGGGCUCUCCCAGGCUCACUUCAACAAGAAUAAUUAAUGUCCAGAUAUCAGAUAUCAAUGACAAUGCUCCAGUAUUUGAGAGGUCAACAUAUGAAAUGCAAAUACGGGAAAACAAUAUUCCAGGUCUGCUGAUAGGGUUGGUGCAUGCUGAUGACGUGGACAGGGAGAAGAAUGCCAAAGUGAUGUAUUCACUUCUGCCUGGGAAGGUCAUUGGUCAACCCGUGUCCUCUUAUGUCUCCAUCAACUCAGAAACUGGGAAUCUGUAUGCCAUCCGAUCUCUGGACUAUGAGCAGAUAAAAGAUUUCCCAGUGACUGUGAGGGCUGUGGACAGUGGUUCUCCUCCCCUGAACGCCGAAGUUAAGGUCCGAGUUGUCAUUGUGGAUGAAAAUGAUAAUGCCCCCUUCAUCCUGUACCCUCUUCAGAACGGCACUUCCCCAUCCAACGACCUGGUUCCCAGGGGGGCGGAGGCUGGCUACCUGGUCACCAAGGUGGUGGCAGUGGACAGGGAUUCUGGUCAGAACUCUUGGCUUUCCUAUGAGCUCCUGAAGGCCACAGAACCAGGUCUGUUCAGUGUGGGGGCCCAGAAUGGAGAGGUGAAAACCCUGAGACCAAUUAACCAACGAGACACCUUCAGACAGAAACUAAUCAUCGGGGUGAGAGACAACGGGCACCCUCCCCAGUCCACCUCUGCAACACUAACUAUUCUACUAGUGGAUGGCUUUUCUGACCCUUACAUGAAAAUGGUGGAUAUCGCGAAGGAUGAAGUGGUCAAGGAGGAAGACCGCACCCUGACUCUGUAUCUGGUCAUAUGCUUGGCUGCCAUCUCGUUCAUUUUUCUGCUUUCUGUAGUGUUGUUUAUUGCUAUCAAGGUUCAGAAAAGGAGAAAGUUCAUGGAGAGCUCAGCCAUGAAUUUCCCUGUGGGACAAAAUUUCCAGGAGAACGGUGGUGAUGCUGGUGCUGGAUCCCUUUCCCGGGCUUACAACUAUGAGGUGUGCUUAGCUGGAGGAUCUCUGAGCAGCGAGUUCAAGUUUCUCCGUCCUCUCUUUCCUGUGUUUUCUGUGGAACCUGCUCAAAAUCAGGGGGUUCAGAGGAAUCCAGCUGCUUCCCAAGAGGUUCCCAGUCAUGCAGCAGAAGGUCAACUCAUGAAUCAGGUGAGAAUAUAA